AGACAGAUCUCUCCCCUGUCAGCUCCUGCACACUGCUUUGUAGGUCAGUGUGCAUACGGUGAAGCACACACACAGCUCACAUUGUUUAAAAAGCACACAGCACAUAGUUAACCCUUUGUCCCUAACACACAGUUAACCCUUUGAUCUCCCAGAUGUUAACCCCUUCCUGCCCAGGGUCAUUAAUACAGUGUCAGUGCUUUUUAUUAGCACUGAUCACUGUAUUAGUGUCAGUGGAGAUGUCAGUGGCAAUUAGUCAGUUCCCACCCAGUGUCAGAAUG